AUGAUUGAAACUGAGAGAUUGUAUUACAUACAUAGGCAACAACAUGUUCUUAGAUGUGAGUCUUAUGGGAAUUUACGUAACCAAAAAGCUCAAGAAACUAUAGAUAUCUCCAUCGUCGGCCAGCGUGUGAUAUUACCUUCAUCUUUUACUGGUGGUGUGCGCUAUAUGCUGCAGAACUAUUUGGACGCCAUGUCAUUAUGUAAAUGGUUUGGAUAUCCUGAUUUCUUCAUAACCUUUACGUGUAAUCCCAAAUGGCCAGAGGUUAAAAGGUUUCUUAAAGAUACUUCACUUCAGCCAGAAGACAGACCUGAUAUACUAUGCAGGUUAUUCAAGAUCAAGCUUGAUGCAUUUAUUAAACACUUAAGGGAGAAUAAAAUUUUUGGCAUAGUUCAAGCAGUUGUUUAUACAAUUGAAUUUCAAAAACAAGGUGUGAAGUUGGAUAAUAAAAAUGUUGUCCCUGACAACAAAUAUCUAUUGAAAAGAUAUCAAGCACAUAUUAAUGUUGAGUGGUGCAAUCAGGGUUCUUCUAUAAAGUAUUUAUUUAAAUACAUAAACAAGGGACCUUAUAGAGCUACAGUUGGCAUUGUACGAAGCAAUAACGAUUACCAUACUAAUGAUGCAGUUGAUGAAAUAAAUGAGUACUAUGACUGUAGAUAUUUAUCUGCUUGUGAAGAAUCAUGGCGAAUUUUUAAAUAUGAUGUUCAUUACAGAUAUCCUUCUAUUGUUAGACUGACUUUUCAUCUUCCUGGUCAACAACAAAUUAUAUAUGGGGAAGACGAUGAUACUGACGAUGUUCUGCACAAACCUUAUGUUGCUUCUUCAAUGUUCACAACUUAG